CUUUCCCCUUUUUGAAAACACACAGGCAGUGAAAACACGCCUACUGCUCUUAUUCUGUUUGUGUCUUAUUUACUCAUUCAUUUUUUUUUUCUUUUGCAUCGUCUUGCAAAAACUAAACAAAAUCAGAACAAAAUGAAACAAACACAACUUCUCUGCCGGUUGGCCUACAAAUUUAAGCACCUCCCGGCAGCUCACAAACUGUUCACCAAACGGUGUUAUGUAAACAAUGCCCAGAACUCAUCGGCUGUUCCAGAUAAUCAACUGCAAACCAUCCCAUCCUACCUAACCCUACACGGUGCCUGGCCGGCGGAAGAUCGAACUAGCUUCCUUACCGAUAUGACGGUCAUCGCAAACUUCAUUACCGAGUCGGAGGAGCAAACACUGCUCGAGGAGCUGGAACCCUGUCUGAAGCGUAUACGGUACGAGCUGGACCACUGGGACGAUGCCAUCCACGGGUACCGGGAGACGGAGCGAAAGCACUGGUUCCCGGCUAAUCGCGUCAUAUUCGAUCGACUUAAACGACUGGCGUUUGACGGUGAAACGUUGCCCUACAUACAUGUGCUGGAUUUGACCAAGGAAGGGGUCAUUAAGCCACACGUGGAUAGCGUGAGGUUCUGCGGAUCGACGAUUGCUGGAAUCAGCCUCCUGACCGACUCCGUUAUGCGAAUGGUCAGAACCAACGACGAAGAGCAAACCAAUGAAGAUUACAGGCAAAUAUUUGCUACCAGCCGAGACAGUAAAUAUUGGGCUGAUGUUUUGUUGUCCCGGAGGUCACUUUAUAUCAUGAAGGACACCGCUCGGUACAAGUUCACCCACGAACUACUAGUCGGGGAAGAGUCAGUUUUCAAAGGCAGUAAGGUAGAUAAAGAUCGUCGAAUUUCAAUCAUUUGUCGAAAUGAGGCCUAGGAGAUCGGUAAAAGUUUUGUAGUUUAAAACGAAUGUAAAUACAGAUUGAUACUAUUUUAACGAUUUAUUAAACAA